AAAACAUUCACAUCGAAAUUCUUGUUCCAUCUUUACCAGAUCUCUACUUUUCUCUUCGCAACAAUGACGGACACUGGCGUUGGCAAACAAGCAAACGAUCUCAUCAACAAGAUCAAAGUGUUCUUUGAUGGACACAAUGCAUUGAUCAAGAGAUGGGAAGCUGCUAGGAAGCUGCCUGAAAUUCCACCCGCUACUAUCUUCGAGAAGCUUUGUAAAUUCACAGCUUCUGUUGGAACCCAAGAUCCAAUUGAGAACCAUGCUAAGUACAUGGAAGAGCUCAAGACGAUUGCAAAGCUUGUUGCAGGGCAUCCAAACCCCUGGGAAAAGACUCUCCAGAUGUUCCAGAAGGAUGCACAUGAGAUCGUUGAGAAUUUCAAAACUGCAUCCGAAGAGAGCAAGACCGCGAUGGCCGCAAUAGCUAAAGUCAUCGAUGAGGCUGCCAGCGAAGAACAUGACCUCUCGAAACAUGUUCAGGAAGCUGCGGACAUACUCGAUCUCCUAAAGACCGAACACGAUACUUCUGAUCAAAAUCUGAAGGAUUUUAUCGCCGGUGGCGGCGACAGCAAGAAGGGAUACAACUUCGUCAAACAACUCAAAGAAGCUGAUGCAAAGAAAAUCACCGAUACGGAAGCCGAGAUAGAGCACGCAAAGUCAGAAAGAGACAAGUACGAGGGGUGGGCCUCUGAAUCUCAACUCACCUUCGAUGACGACAACGACUAUUAUGCUGAUUUGGGAAGGCAAAAUGUCAUGGAAUCGAAAGCACAAGCAGAGAGAGACAACAUCAAAAUCAAGACCGGUCUUCUGCCCGGAUACAAGACCACAGCUUGCAAGAGCAAUAAUGCAUUCAAGAAAAUGGACGAGGAGAAGUCGACACGCGAGCACUACAUUGAUGUGAUGCAGCAUCUGAUCGACGCUCUGAAAGGAUUGCAACCUGAGUUGGCAGCCAUUUCUAAAGAUUCAGAGUCAACCCAGAAUAAGAUGGAGGACGACCUUGAAGCGUUCACAGCAUGCCACUCUCACGCUGGUUUCCUCAAAAAUAAGGCUAGUCUGCUGGAAGACAAAAUGCAGCGCUAUCUACCUGAGCGUAGCAACCUUAGUGAGCGAGUGGUUGCAAUCGUCAACCAAGGAGCAUAUUUCGCUGGCCGGCCUGUCAUUCUGAAUUGGCUGCGCCAAAUCUUGUCUGAAGUUGAGAAAGCGAAUAACUGGAAAUUGGAUGAGACUAAGGAACUGAGGAAGAGCGUUGACGCUGUGUCUGGGCUGCUCAAUUCUGUUGCCAGCGCUGUUGCUGCGGGCAAACAUGGCAAAGAGCUUCCCCAGCCAUUGGCACUUACAAUCGGUUGAUUGAGUAGCAAUACAUUGCC